GCGGAAGUGCGGCCUCCGUGCUGUCAAAGUUGUAGUGUUCCUCAGGGGUCGGUCCCGCGAACUCUGGUCCCGGUUUCUCUGGCUCUUGAGCGCGUCCCCCGCGAAGGGUGGGAGCGCAGGGACGGACGAGCGAGAUGAGCACCAUGUUUGCAGACACGCUCCUCAUCGUUUUCAUCUCCGUGUGCACCGCGCUGCUCGCCGAGGGCAUAACCUGGGUCCUCGUUUACAGGACCGACAAAUACAAGAGAUUGAAAGCGGAAGUGGAAAAACAAAGUAAAAAAUUAGAAAAGAAGAAGGAAACGAUAACAGAGUCAGCUGGUCGACAACAAAAAAAGAAGAUAGAGAGACAAGAAGAGAAACUAAAGAACAACAAUAGAGAUCUAUCUAUGGUACGAAUGAAAUCCAUGUUUGCGAUUGGUUUUUGUUUUACUGCCUUAAUGGGAAUGUUUAAUUCCAUAUUUGAUGGUAGAGUGGUGGCAAAGCUCCCCUUCACCCCUCUUUCUUACAUCCAAGGACUGUCUCAUCGAAACCUGCUGGGAGACGAUACCACAGACUGCUCUUUCAUCUUUCUGUAUAUUCUCUGUACUAUGUCAAUUCGACAAAACAUCCAGAAGAUUCUUGGCCUUGCCCCUUCACGAGCUGCCACCAAGCAGGCUGGUGGAUUUCUUGGUCCCCCGCCCCCAUCUGGGAAGUUUUCUUGAAGGAAAGCAGAAUUCUUUAUUUCCUGAUCAUAUUUUGCAGACCUUCACAUCAGACCGGCAAGGCAUCUGGCCACAUUCUAGCUUUGGGUUAUUUCUCAGCUGUGGAUAUGAACAAAAUGAGAUGAGAAUGGCACUUAGCUAUUGGGAUAGUGCUUUUGGUCACGGAUGACGUCUUUAAUAAGUGGACUCAUUGGUUAGAUUUGGGUGAUUUUUAUGUAACCACAAAUAUCUUUCUUCUUUCACUCAAGUAUUUUAAUGGACUGAACAAGCCUGUGUAUGUGCCAUGUACUAUAGAAGCAGAUUGUCCAUGAACAUUAGGAAACUAGGAGACAAAAAAAAGUAGUUUGUGUAACAACUUAGUUGGAAUUAUUUGUUGUGUUUUUAAAGCCAAAUAUGUCGCUUAUGGUUGACAAUGAGCCAAAUUUUCAGCUGUUUCAUUUAGAGAGAUGUUUGAUCUUUUGCACAUUUAAAAAAAUAUUUUCUGUAAUAUGAACAUAAGGGUAAGCAUUGGCCCAAAAGAGCUAAAAUAAAAUUUUGUCAUGUGUUCUUUUAUCAA